AUGUUGACAAAUUACUCCUUUUGCCACAUACCUAUCGAGUUUUUUUUCCAACAAAUCCUCGAAAAAUGGUUCGGCGAAAUCUCUGAGGGUUAUCUCGGACUAGUGGACAUUUGUGCCACGACGAAAGAUUUCGUAUCACAUUCAAAAGAAAGCAUUUUAAACAUUCUUUCUAUCCUCCGGCAAAAACGAGCCUCGGACGAACUUUUGGAGCUCAUCUCCUCACGGAAGAUCGCGAAGAAGAAUAUAAGAAAUUCGUUGAGAAACAUUCGUGUUUUGAAGAACAAAUUCUCGGGUUUAAGUUUAUCGACGGGCAAUAAUAAUCAAGAAACCAUUGCCAUCGUUCGAAUGUUGAAGGAAGUCGAGUUGAUGACGAUCUAUUUGAUGGAGGAUUUGCCGUUAAGUAUUUUGGGGACGAAUAAGCUUCGUUGGAGGCUAAAGGCUGGUUUUUAG